ACCCAUGCGGCGCCGGGCGGUGUCUCCGUCCCCGCACUGAGCCGGGCCGGGCGGUCCCCAGCCGGGCGGGCGGCCCCAGCCAUGCAGCCCGGUGCGCCCGCGGGCACAUGGGGCAGCGCUUGAACCGCUGCCUCGAUGUGCCCGGCUCGCUCCCGUCUCCGCUGGUGCCGCUGAAGCGGAGGUUGCUGCUGCUCUCCAUCAUGCUCAUCCUCUGGCUCUACAUGUUCUACUCGUGCGCCGGCUCCUGCGCCGCGCUGCCCGGCUUGACGCCCCGCGGCUCUGCCCCGCCGGAGGAGAGCGGACCCGGGGAGCAGCGAGCAGCGCCCGCCGCCCUCAGCCCCAUCUCCGCCUUCCUCAACGGCUCGGGCAGCAAGCGGCUGCCGCAGGCCAUCAUCAUCGGAGUGAAGAAGGGCGGCACGCGGGCGCUGCUGGAGUUCCUGCGGGUGCACCCCGACGUGCGCGCUGUCGGCGCCGAGCCCCAUUUCUUCGACCGCAACUACGAGCGGGGCCUCGCCUGGUACAGGGACCUCAUGCCCAGGACUCUGGAGGGGCAGAUCACCAUGGAGAAGACCCCCAGCUACUUUGUCACCAAGGAGGCCCCAGCCCGCAUCUCCUCCAUGGCCAAGGGCACGAAGCUGAUCGUGGUGGUGCGGGACCCCGUGACCAGAGCCAUCUCGGACUACACACAGACGCUCUCCAAGAAGCCCGACAUCCCCACCUUUGAGAGCCUGACCUUCAAAAACAGGACUACGGGCCUGAUCGACACCUCGUGGAGCGCCAUCCAGAUCGGCAUCUACGCCAAGCACCUGGAGAACUGGCUGCUCUACUUCCCCAUCGGGCAGAUCCUCUUUGUCAGCGGGGAGAGGCUGAUCAGCGACCCCGCGGGGGAGCUGGGCAGGGUCCAGGACUUUCUGGGCCUCAAGAGGAUCAUCACCGACAAACACUUCUACUUCAACAAAACCAAGGGCUUCCCCUGCCUGAAGAAGGCGGAGGGCAGCAGCAAACCCCACUGCCUGGGGAAAACGAAAGGCAGGACCCACCCCGACAUCGACCAGGAGGUGGUGCAGAGGCUGCGGGACUUCUACCGGCCCUUCAACAUGAAGUUCUACCAGAUGACGGGGCAGGACUUCGGCUGGGACUGAGACCGGCGUGGGAAAGUCCCCUGUAAUGACUUGCCCAUCACAGUUUGCGUAUAUAAAGAGAUAUAUAUGUAUGUAAAAUGUACAGAAAUCUAUUUUAUAAUAAUUUAUUUUUAAUUCCUAAGCAAUUAAUUCACUAAGCUGCCUAACCGCACUGGCUAGAACGGUAGCCUGUAACCUGUUUAACAUUCCACCGUGUUUAAUUCUAAUACGUCUCUUCUUUUUUGGGUUUGUUUUUUAUUCUCCUCCUGUUCUUUUGGUUUGGUUUGUAACAGACGGUGCUUCCAUUUUUUUUCCUAAAGAAGAUUUGUAUUAAAAA